CGUCUCUCAACUACGGUUCAAGAUGACUUCCGAAAGCUUCUGGGUUUGCAAGUGGAGUACGAAAAUCCGGCAAACGCAAACGGCUCAAGCGAUGUGGAUUCGCUGCUUACAGAUCUGUACGUUGUACUCAGUGGUUUCUAAUCUGUCAUUCUAUCCGCUUUUUGGUGAAUGGCUGGGGAAAACAGAAUUGGUUAGUGAUAGCCAUACCAAUCUCCCUAUCUCUUAUGGAUGCUGUCUGAUUGCUGGUUACUAUGCCACCGCUUCUUUGGGCUCUGGCUGGUAG